CGGGGCGGACCGUCACCAAACCGGAAGGGGUAACACGAGAAGCGGUCCCCCUUCGGAUCAGUUAUGUAGCUGACAUUUAGUCGGUUGUCUCGUCCAGUUUCUCCCUGUUUUCUCACUGAUGUUUUGAUCCAGAAUGGCUUCCUUGAAAUCAGUGCUGGCUUUUUCCACCAGGGUGCUCACGACAGUAAAGAAACAGACUUAUGUUGUUUACAUCAAGAGGACUCUCCUCUUGACCAGACAGCCACUCUUCAAACGUGCAGACGGCAGGUUUAUUCCCUUCGUGCGACAGCUGAACUCCACAGGAGCCAGCGCAGAUAAAGCAGAAGACUCUUUCCUCAAAUGGUUUCUGCUGCUCAUCCCUGCCGCCACCUUUGGCCUUGGGACAUGGCAGGUGAAACGACGUCAGUGGAAGAUGGAGCUCAUCGCUGAUUUGAGGAGACUCACCACAGCAGAACCCAUCCCCCUUCCUGUUGACCCUCAUGAGCUGAAAAGCCUCGAGUACAGAAGGGUGAAGGUGCGUGGAAAGUAUGACCACUCACAGGAGAUGUACAUCCUGCCCCGCUCUCCAGUCGACCCAGAGAAAGAGGCCAGAGAGGCAGGCCAGUUGUCUUCGAGCGGAGAGACCGGGGCAAAUGUCAUCACUCCAUUCCACUGCACCGACCUCGGCAUCACAAUCCUGGUGAACAGAGGUUACGUACCAAGGCAGAAGAUCAGACCGGAGACCAGGAUGAAGGGACAGACUGAAGAUGAAGUGGAGGUGGUCGGGGUAGUUCGGCAGACAGAGCAACGCAAACCCUUCGUGCCGCAAAACGAUGUGGAGAGAAACCGCUGGCAUUACCGAGACCUGGAAACCAUGGCCAGCGUCACCGGAGCAGAGCCCAUCUUCAUCGACGCUGACUUGGGGAGCACCAUUCCUGGAGGACCAAUAGGUGGACAGACGAGGGUUACACUGAGGAAUGAACACAUUCAGUACAUAGCAACAUGGUACGGCUUGUGUGCAGUCACGUCCUACAUGUGGUUUGCAAAGUUCGUCAAGAAGAUGAAACUGUAAUGUGACGAAACGGUCGGCCUGAAAUGUUGCUGAGCAAACCUCAUGUACUUGAUUUGUGCUGCAUCGAUCAAAAUAUGUAAAUAGCUGUGAAUUAUUCUCUGAAACGUAUGAGAAUAAAUUAAUAUAAAUUAA